CGUCGGGAACGGAAACGGGUGCCAUGGGCGGCGGUCUCAAGUUCCUCAACCUCAAGGGAUGGCAUCCGUCGAACAAGCAGAACCAGAAGAAGAUUUGGAUCGCGGAGCAAAAGCACAAGGCUAAAGAAGAGUCCGAGAAGGAUGCUGCACGAGAAGUGCACAAGGACAACGAACUGCUCCGGUUUCAACAGAUAGCCGCAACAAAAGGAGACGCCGAUGCCGAAAGACGAAUUCACUCUCAGAAAGUAUCGUUUCUUUAUCAACCGCCGCCUGGCCUCAAGAAAGUCGACGACAAGCACGGUGACGACGGCGAGCUGGAGAACGAAGACGACGCCGUCAAAGCGUUCCGCCUCAAAAUGGAAAAGAGAAAUGCCGGUCGGGACCACCAGUCCUACCAACGCCCUCUUGAAAAGCUGACCGGGCGGCGCGCGAACGACCCUGUGACGAUCAAAGACCAAGUUGAACGUUUCCCCAUGCUGAAAGACGCCCCUGUCGAGGGAGAGUAUACCCAGAACAUCAAAGUCAACUUUCAGCCCGUGGGCAUGAAGCUGCGCAACGUCCGGUGCGCACGGUGUCAAGUGUGGGGCCACCAAAGCGGCGACCGAGAGUGCGAAAUGCGAGAUCAGAACCCCAAUGACGCAUUUCGCCAAAACAUCGAAGACCCCAUGUCAUAUAUCAACCAGAUACGAAAGGGCGACUUGUCGUUGAAACAGACCGCGCUUCCCCUGGAAAUGCAAUCCCGCGAUGCCGGAGAGUACGACAUGCUUCCGUCCGAGGAAGGUAUGUCAUCGUGACAGAUUCAUGCACUGGCAGGCGCGACACGUGACUA